UCUCUUCUUUAGGCAGGCCUUUGGCGAUCUGUCUAUUAAUCUGUGGUACGGCGAGUCAACCACGUGACAGGUGACAGAUUAACAGCUGAUCGGGUGAUUGAUCAAGAUUCAGGACAGAUGUUUGACAGUUAAAGUACAAAAAUAAAAUUGAUAUAGAAAAAAAAAACAAAUAAUGACUGAUUGUUUCGAAUUAUUAAGAACACGUGAUUCAAUUGCACUUUCUGUAUUCGAUAAUACAUCGUUUUUUAUUUAGAAAAAGUUGGACAGACAUGAUGACAGUGCAUUUAGAUAAGAAAAUAAAACAUUAAGAUAUGAUAUAGGAGAUUAUAUAAGGUUUCUUCGUUCAAAGGAUGCGUAAUAAUGCACAAAAGGAUACGUAAUAUACGACUAUACUACCAAGAAGUAACGUAACGAUUUUAUAAGUUUUUUUUCUUCUAUUAUAUAUUUUCAGUGUACAUUGUAUAAAUGUUUCGAAAGUGCAAUUUCGUCAAGCGACUUUCCGGUGCUGCAAAUGCAUCGACGGAAAUUGCUGCAUCUACAGAAACCUCGACUCGAUUGCAGCUGCUUAGAGCAAGAUUGCGAGAGGAUGAACAGCAUGGAAUACUCACAGAUACAUUUGGGCGUAAACAUACAUACCUCAGGAUAUCUCUCACAGAGCGCUGCAAUCUUCGCUGUACAUAUUGUAUGCCUGCAGAAGGUGUUAAGUUGACCAAAAAGGAAAAUAUUUUAAGAACAGAUGAGAUAAUACAGAUAGCUGAUCUCUUCGUCAAAGAAGGAGUGCGCAAAAUACGUUUGACUGGUGGUGAGCCCACAGUUCGUAAAGAUAUUGUUGACAUUGUUGGGCAACUCAAGCAAUUAACAGAUUUGGAACAGAUUGCAAUAACAACUAAUGGAUUGACUCUGACUCGUCAGUUGCCGGCUCUUCAAAGAGCAGGAUUGGAUAUAUUGAACAUAUCACUGGACACUCUCAGAGAGGAACGCUUUGAGAUGUUUACUCGUAGAAAAGGUUGGCCAAGAGUUAUGGCUUCCAUAGAUCUUGCUGUUCAGCUUGGCUAUAAUCCUGUAAAAGUCAAUUGUGUGAUAAUGCGAGGACGAAAUGAUGAUGAAAUAAUUGAUUUUGUCGAUUUUACAAAAAAUCGGCCUAUUGAUGUACGUUUCAUAGAAUAUAUGCCCUUUCAAGGAAAUGAAUGGAAAGAAAAUAAAAUGGUUUCUUUCGACGAGAUGAAAAGAAUAAUCCGAGGAAAGUAUCCUAAUUUCCAAGCUUUGCCGAAUCACCCUAACGAUACGUCUAAGGCCUACCAUGUGCCAGGAUUUGUAGGACAAAUUGGGUUUAUUACGUCCAUGAGCCAACAUUUCUGUAAUUCGUGUAAUCGUUUAAGAAUAACAGCAGAUGGAAAUUUGAAAGUAUGCUUGUUUGAAGGAAAAGGUGAAGUCUCGCUUAGAAACGCUUUGCGAAGUGGAGCUUCGGAAGAUGCACUUAAGGAUUUAAUAAAAGGAGCAGUAUUACAAAAAAAGAAACAACAUGCAGGAAUGUUCAAUCUUACUCAAAUGGAAAAUAGGCCAAUGAUCCUGAUCGGGGGUUAAUUGACGAUAUGA